AUGAAGCAGCUCGCCCAGCUCAAGGAGGAGGAGGAGCGCAAGCGCCUCGAGGCCCUCGACGCGGAGAACGACCUCGUCACGGGCCGCGCGGUCGGGUCCGUCUUCCUCCGCGUCCAGUACCCGACGCAGAACCAGAAGCUGCUCGCGAAGCAGCGCGACGUCUUCGCCAAGGGCGUCAGCCUGACGACCUUCUUCGAGUUCGCCCAGAAGUACGCGCUGCCGCUCGUCGCGGGGAUUAUUCUGGCAUUGGUCCUCGCGAACGCGCGCGCGGGCGGCUACCGGCGCUGGGCCGGCGCGAGCCACGGCGGCGACGACGACGACGGCGACGACGGGCUGGUGGACGACCACGGCGACGACCACGGGUCGUCCCACGGCGGCCACCCGACGGUCUUCGGGCUCCGGGUCCACGGCCACGACGUCACGCUCCACUUCCUCGUCAACGACGUCCUCAUGGCGCUCUUCUUCGGCCUGGCCGUCAAGGAGAUCGCCGAGGCCUUCCAGCCCGGCGGGUCCCUCUACCCGCCGGGGCGCAAGGCCGUGAACCCGCUCUGCGGCACGCUCGGCGGCGUCCUCGGCCCCAUCGCGGCGUACUUCGCCGUGCUCUACGCGGGGACGGCGUCGGGCCUGCUGACGGGCUACGACUACGCGCAGUACGCCCGGGGCUGGGGCAUCCCGACGGCGACGGACAUCUCCGUGGCCUGGGUCGCGGCGAUCUGCGUCUUCGGCGCGGGCCACGUCGCGAUCAACUACCUCCUGCUCUGCGCGGUCAUCGACGACGGGCUGGGCCUGGUCAUCAUCGCCGUCGCCUACCCGGACCCCGACGCGCCGGUCCAGCCUGCGUGGCUCGGGCUCGUCCUGCUGGCCAUGGCGCUCGCCUACGGCCUCCGGCGCGCGCGGUGCGCGCGCUGGGAGGCGUACGUCGCGCUCGCGGGGCCGCCCGCGUGGAUCGGGCUGCUGUGGGCGUCGGUGCACCCGUCGCUGGCCCUCGUCUUCGUCGUGCCCUUCAUGCCCCUCAGCCCCGAGGCGCACGUGCCCGUGCACCGGUCGCCGCUCCACGACUUCGAGGAGAGCGUCAAGGGCUUCGUGGAUUUCGGGGUCCUGUUCGCGUUCGGCGUCGUGAACGCGGGCGUGCGCGUCGACGCGGUCGGCGGCUUCACGGUCGUCAUCUGCCUGAGCUUGCUCUUGGGCAAGGCCCUGGGCAUGACCCUGGGCUCGAACCUGGCGACGGUCCUGGGCUUCCCGCGGCCCGACGGCAUGUCGCACCGGCACCUCGUCGUCGCGGGCGUCAUCUCGUCCGUCGGGCUCACGGUGAGCCUCUUCAUCGCGGGCGAGGCCUUCACGGCCAAGCCCACGCUCGAGGCCCAGGCGAAGAUGGGGGCUUUACUGUCCGUGUUCCCGCCGCUCGUGCUCUGCGGCGCCGCGGUCGCGGACCCCCGCAUGCGCGACCGGCUGCUGGGCCCGGACGGCAAGAAGGACGACGACGCCACGCUGGAGGGCGGCAGCAACCGGAGCGGCGGCACGCUGCCGACGGACGACGACGCGUCGUCCGCGGCGUCGACGGCGGGCGACCCGCACGCGGUCUUCGUCAACGAGGAGGACGAGGACCUCGAGGCCGUCGUCGUGUCGAACAUCGAGUCGAGCCUGUUGCGCAUCCAGCGCCUCGAGGCCAAAAUCGAGGAGCGCGUCGGCCUGUCGCGGUCCGCGUCCAUCGACCAGAUCCACGAGCACCAGAGCCGGCUCCGCAAGGACCGGAAGAGCUUUGACCGCGGCUCCUUCGACGGCGGCGACGGGAUGGACAGUUCGGCGCGAUCGUAGCGUGCCUUUGUUGUUUUUGGCGCGGUUCCCGACGUCGAUGGCGCCGAACUGCUCCAUCCAGGAGCAGCGGUCCGACCCGCUCGACCCGCGGCGCGACGCGGACCCGGCCGCGGCCCUGACGUAGGCGUCCAUGUCGUCUUUGGAUGCCGUUUUAGCCGCCGCUCGGGGGCGCCUGGGUAGGCUCAGGGUGCGGGCACGGGACAGGAGAGUGACGACGAGGGGUCCGAGGUGAAUCGCUCUCAUGUGUCGCUCGCCGCACGUACGUCCACUGUGGAGUUUCGACGACGGCGUCCGGACGUCCCGUGAGUGUACGGUCAAGAUCAUCGAGGAGAUGAGCGUGUCGGCCGGUUGCAUCGAUUUAUUCGCAGAGCCCCCCGAUGCACCAACGACAGAGACUCGUGCCGAAAAAGAAAAGCGCGACGCCUUCGUCGAGUCGCUGGUGGGCCUGGACAGCGUGGUGUGCAACGCGCUCCUGAAGGAGUCGGGCGUGCUCGACCCCUCGGAGCGCGUCAAGGCGCUGAAACACCUGGAGCGCGUCAAGGCGCUGAAGGAGCAGGAGCUCGAGGUCUCGAAGAGGAACUCGGGGCUCCUCCGCGUCGAGAAGCGCAAGGCGAGCCGCGUGUCGGAGCUGCCGCUCGUGAACGUGCUCACCGCGCUCGUCGCCGGGGGCGCGCCGUCGCGCGAGACGGUGAAGGACCUCCUCGACGUGCUCGGCAUCGUCGGCGGCCUCAUGCUCUCCAUCGCCGUGGGGCCGCCCCUGUCGCUCGACGUCGAGGCCUACGAGCAAAUCGUCGAUCGGUUCGACAAGCCGCCGUACGACGACUGCGGAUUCGACGGCGCGGACCUCAUCAAGCGCUUCAACUUCCACUGCGCGAACGCCUACUCGGCGAACGCGGCGGCGCUCUUCUCGACGCUCGUCGUCUACGUCUGCUUCGUGACGGCCGGCGACGACUGGUACGGGAAAGAAUGGAAGGCCUACUGGAACUGCAUGCGCUUGCCCAUCAUCUUAGCGCUCCUCAUUUCAGUAGUCGGUUGCCUAGACACGAUCAACGCGGUCAAGCACUACAUGAUCAUGACAAUGCCGAACCCUCGCGUCGAACACGACGGCCGCUGCCGCGACACGACGUUCCGGAUGAGAGAGGGCUAUAUGGCGCACUCCGACACAUGGGGCUACAACUACGAGUUCUCGACCUGGUCGAUCGUCCCGCUCCUCGGCCUGUCGCUCAUCUCCAUGUCCCUCGCGACGUCGC